GAUUUUUCGAAAGAUGAACGUCCAGAUAUUCUGAAUUCUAUUCUAAAUUCUAUUCCGAAUUACAUCUAAACUAAUCAAACUCCUCAGUAUCUUAUUAUUAUGUUUACAACAUUACGGUGACGCGAAUAGCAACAUGUCGGACUUACUAGACUAUCUACUACAUGUAGUCUAUAAGUUAGGUACGCAUUCGGAUUCGAUAGCAGCACAGAGCCGCCAGACGACUUCUACAUCUCCAGCAAUUAUCUCUCUGUAAUUGAGAGAGGGAGGUAGUCUAUCACCUUAGGCAAGUUAGAGCUCUUAUUACCUACCUAAAAUACCGGUAUAAUGUCUGCCUUGCCUAUGGUGUCGUUAGCCAAGUCUGGAGUCAAAUCUGGAGUUGGGUCUACCUCUCUUUUGCCAUCUCAACCGGUCUGGGGUCAAACGCUUUCGCGAUUGACUAGCUCGAGACGGCAUCGCUAUCCUCGACUACGAAUAUCUCCCAGUCGCGUAAUUGCCCUGCGGAUGCGUAGUAAGACUGAAAGGCAAAAGAAGUUAUAUCGUCCUGCCUUUCUGUUCGCUGCUCAACAGCGGGCCGAUCGAUUACCCCUAUUGCUGUUUCAAGCCUGGAUGGCAAAUCAAGAUAUUCGGAAUGAGCCCGAACUAUUCAAGUCUAUACACUCCAUCACUUCGUCUGAGUGGGCUGACCGCUUCCAUAGCUUGGCCAGCAUAGGUUGGUCGAAGGAAGACGUAAAUCAUUGGAUAUGGAUACUAUCGGGGGAGAACGGAGACGCUCGCGUUCAACGUUUGAUUUCAACUGAAAAUCCUAAACCUAUUUUUCUUGUCACGCUUAUGUCACGUAGUAACGAGACGUUUCGCCAGGCGACAUCUUUACUGUCUCUGAUGGAAUACAUAUCGAAACACUACAUCAAUGUCGGAUCUCCAUCGUUGGGUAGCAAUGUAGCCCUAUCCAGGCGUGAAAUGAGCCUUACAGUAACCCAAUUUUUGCUACUACUUCGCCGUCUUGUUAAUCAUGUUCAGAGAUCAUGGCCCAGGUUGAUUAUCACGGUCUCGCGGUUCACGAUGGAUUACAUUCAAGGACUGCCCCCCAAUGACUAUCAUAAUAAGUGUGAAGUCUUCAAUUCGGCUUUGCAAUUAUUCAAGCGACCGGCUGCAACCCAGCCAGUGGCAAAUAUGGAGUUCAAUUGGAGAGCGCAGAGGCUCUUAUUAGCCAUGUCCGAUAAUAUGGACAGCCCUCUGAUCAUUGCCAAAGCUAGCUAUAGAGCUGUCCGAGAGGUCAUGGUUGGGCUAAAAAGGUCAAAAACGGAGAAAGCAGUUGCUGUAAGAUACUCGAAAUCCUGGCCGCCAUAUCGACAAGAUUUUGAUGGAUUUGAUGCAAAAAGAACGGUAGAUGAUGACUACUCGAGAAGCGUAAAGGCCGGCGUUCUCAUGAAGGAGGCUGGGUAUCCUGAUGACGAGUACGAUCAGGCACUUGGUGUUCUUGGUGGGUUAGGCCCUGAUUCCCCUACCGUGCAGACUCGCAGUCUUCCACCAAAAGAGUGGAAAGGUGAAGAACAAGAUCGGAACUUAUAUUCGCGCUGGGCUAUGAUGAUACGGGCAACCCGCAACCGCCAGGAGGCAUGGAAAGUUUUCAACUGUCUUGCUGUCGAAACGGGCAAACCUCCUAACACCCAAGUUUACGCCGAGAUGUUCAUGAAGCUCCAAGCUCGCCUCAUCCCCCAAACCUCAACUUCUUUGCCAGGUGAUGCCAAAGAAAACUUUCCGAUCCACGACGCCAAUUAUAGUGAAUACGAGCUAGCUAGGCUAUCACCCCCUACAGUUACCGAGCUAUACGAUCAAAUGAUCAGUCAAGGUGUAAAACCGGAGGGUCACUGUCUUAAUACUUUAUUGAGCAAUGCCAGCUCCCUCCAAGAGGGGACUCGCUUUCUUCGUGACAGUGGCAUUAACCCUGCUAGUAUCAACGCACUGAGUGUUUUUAAAGAGCCGUCUUAUGAGGCACUUCGACGAAUUCCUCUCUUAGUUUUCAAGAGCUAUAUACAACUUCUUUGUAGAUUGCAGCCUAAUCGUCAGGGCCAAGAAAAGCUCCCUCUUGAACAACUUUUCCUCAUCCGACAUGCUAUCAACCUCGUUAAGUUUCGACUAAGACCGGGAACCACCGAAGGCUCUACCUUUCGACCACCUUGGGCUAUUAUCCUAAGGGCACUAGCGCGAUCACACAUAUGCGUGAUAAAUGGCACGCAGGCGAGCAAUGAUGCGGCGGCUCUAUCGAUAUCUAUGGAUGUUAUCCAAUCCGUGCAGAAAACAGCAGGACUAGACUCGGAUAUUUUUCUCUAUCUAUGUCGUACGAUUCAGAAAGCGGCGGUGUCCCGACUGGAAUCUCGAGAUCCAUCGAUAAUCGAAAACAGUACGAUGGAGACUCCUUUAAUACACCCUUCUCAUGAUGUCCUAGAAACAUUAAAGUCGCUCUUUUCUCUAGUCACUAUGCCGGUAUGGAUAUCAAGAACAGAAUCUAAGAGGCUUGAAGUACCUCAAUUUAUACAUGGCAUAGGCCCUGCUCAUCUUCACGCCUAUAUGCGCGCUUUGGCUUUCCUCGAGGACACAGCUACGAUGAAAGAACUGUUACAGUGGAUAUUAACACAUAGGGCUUGUGUUGACGAAGAAGCUGAGCGGAUAGAAAGUCGUGGGCAUGCACUGGUAGCGAAGACGCUAUGCGCCUUUCAAGCUUUUGCCGGUCCGAGUCUGAGGUAUGAAGAGCAGGAGGACUUGAUAUCCCGAAUGGAAAAUACCACAAAGACUAGAGGCUUCUGGAGAUGGCCGACGCCGGAAGAGGUCGAUGCCUAUGUACAGUCCGAUUUACGUGGCGGCUCCCGGCGACUUCAGCAGAGGAUUUUAGCCAAGCUGUGGCAUAAAUCCUCCCAGGAGGAGAGUGAAAAGGAAAUGGGCUAAAUAUCUACAUAAUCGAAUGUACACUAUCAAUAUUAAAAUUACCCCCAUCAUGAUAUAUCUUAACAUACUAUAUUUCCGUUUAGAAUCACGUUGUACAAGGACAAUAUUCUUAUUCAUGAGCUGGUCUCUGACUUUUAGUUUAUACUCCGUUGUUUGGAUAUUGUUGUUAAACAAUAUUACUAUGAAUAGUAGUAUAUAGUAACG